AUGAAUAAAACGCAUGUCUUUCUCUCUCCAGUCAGUGGGAGGACCUUUGCCUUCUUCGACCGUUCAGUCACAGAUGAGCCGUUGGAUCUGAGUGACAUUUUUGCAGAAGACAACGUUGCCGAAUCGAACCGCUCUAGAAGUAGCCGGCAGCGUAACACGACCGUCUCCGUCCGGCCGGAAAUCUCCGAGGAGGCUCUGCAGUUCCUAAAGGGCCCGGUGUCCACCGUCCUCAUCCCUUCCUUCUACGCGCUGGUCUGCCUCGUCAGCGUGCCCGUCAACCUCUGCGCAGUUGUGGCCUUCACUCGAAGGAUCCGGCCCAAGAAGGCGGCGGCCAUCUACAUGCUGAACCUGGCCUCCGCCGACCUGCUCUUCGCCUUGCUGCUCCCCUUCAAGAUCUCCUACCACUUCGGUGGCAACAACUGGAUAUUCGGGCCGUUCAUGUGCCGUGUGGUCACCGCGGCGUUCUACUGGAACAUGUACUGCUCUGUCCUCCUCAUUGCUUGCAUCAGCGUGGACCGGCUCCUCGCCGUGGUCUACCCAAUCGACUCCCUGGCUUGGAGAAGGCCCCGCAACGCUAACAUAGCCUGCGUGGCCAUGUGGAUGCUGUCCUUCGCCGGCUCGGUGCCCCUCGUCAUCUCCGACCAGACCUUCCACCUCAAAGAGUUGGACAUCACCACCUGCCACGAUGUCCAGCGCGCCGACGAACUGAUCCAGCACCACAAGGUGUACUUCGUCGCCCUCUGCAUCGCCCUCUUCUUCCUGCCUCUGCUCGUCACCGUGGCGUCCUACGCUCGGGUGAUCUGGUCGCUGAGCAGAGUCCCGCGCGGCUUCCCGGGAAGCUCCCGCAGGAGAACGAGAGCGACGGUGAUGGUUCUGACCGUGCUGGUGAUGUUCGUGCUGUGUUUUACGCCCACAAACUGUCUGCUCCUGGCGCACUACCUGCAGUUCGACGAGGGAGUGAAGAGCAGCCGGGAGGCCCCCGACGGCUCCUACGCGGCCUAUCUGGUGUUUCUGUGCGUGGGGAGUCUCAACUGCCUCCUGGAUCCUCUGGUCUACUACUUUGGGUCCUCCCAGUGCCAGAGACAGCUGUCCAGCGCGCUGAGGUGUCAGAAGGUCACAGAGGGCAGCGGCCAUUCAGCGUCUAACUCGAGCAGAUCCAGCAGCAGAACAAUUCUCAAAUCCAGCCGUGCAGAGAGCUCCAAAAUAAACGCUCCGGUCACCAAGAUGGACUCUUUCCAAGCGAACCUCAGCAGCCAAUACAAUAAGCUGCUGGUCUGAGAGGAUGAACUGACUCCUACCUGUGAUUUUACAGUUAUGAAACGGUGGAAAUAUUUUAUUAUGAAGUUCAAGUAACGGCAAAAUGAAGAGCUCAAAGUGAAUCUGUAGUGUGUUUUUCUUUCAGAAACCGACUGAUGUCCUGCCAACAGAUAUAACUUGGUUUCAUGCAACACGUGUGCAAUGACAGAAGAGCCUUUUGAGAAGAAGGAAGUUGAGAUUAGAUAAAGUCCUUUCUAGAAUCCUGCUGAACAGUUGAUACUUUUAAAUGCUUUUUAUUUGUACACUGUAGAAGUAUAAGAGCUUAUAAACUGCAAGUAAAUCUGUAAGUAUUACAUUUAAUGGAAGCAAACUUGCUGUUUUGUGGUGUUUUUGUUUUUUUCUCCAUUUUUGGUCUCUGAAUAAAUCUGUUAU